AUGCCUUGCACUCUCUCCACCCAAAGGGGGGCUCGCCCUGCUGAGGAGACGGCUGCGAAGCACGGCUGGUCCUCCCUGCCUGACGACCUCGUCAUCCAAGUAGGCAAUCGCCUCUUGGCAGACAGCGACAUCUACAGCUACAUGGACUUCCGCGCCGUCUGCACGAGCUGGAGCAGCGCCACCAAGGACAACGCCAAACCCGGCCGCUUCCAGCCCAGCAAGUGGGCGUUGAUCGACCGGCACGACGACGUUCUCACGUUCGUGAGCGUCGAGACCGGCCGGUUCGUCGUCAAGAACAUCCCCCUCCUCCGCAGGUACGGCUUCGUCGGCGCAACGGGGGGCGGCAUGAUCAUCCUUGAGGAGCCAGUACCCCCCUACCAGGUUCGCGUGCUCAACCCCUUCACGGGAUUAUUCCUGCGUUUCAAGGCGUCCUUGCCCAUCAUCGGAUGGGUUAGGGAGGCUACCCUGACGACAUCCCCGGUGAUGCUCUUCGUCUCCAGCGAAGUCGGUAAAAUCAUGUGGGCCGAUCUGGAUAGCGAGCACUUCCAACAGUUUGGGGUGGAUUCCCGUAACACACCUCUGUCCAUGACGCCCUUUGAUGGCAAACUGUAUCUCAGUGACCAGGAAGGAUCCAUCCUCUCAUCCACUGUUCCUAGUGGCUCUGCGCAAACACUCUCGAUGGCCACUACCAUUCCUAGUGCUGUCGGAGGUCACCCUGCAUGGUAUUGUUAUCUCGUGAAGUCCGGGGAGGAGUUGCUCCUUGUGUCAAGGCCAUGGUACGAGAUACAUGGGAAACCAGUAGUCCGUAAGGUGGAUACAGAGAACAAUAAGCUUGAGGUGGUAACGAGCAUUGGCAAUCGAGCUCUCUACCUCAGUGAUGUCAGGUGCCUCUCUGUCGACGCCAGCAAGUUCCAGGGCAUCGAAGGUGGCUGCAUCUACUUUGUAGAUCCAGUCUCAACAGCAGGCAAUGGCCAGGCUUCACUCAUGACCACUUUUCGCGUCGCUGAACAAGUGCAGGACGACAUCAUAUUUGAUGUGGCUACUAUGGCAGGUGGUUCCCGGCAGCCAUUUACUCUUGCCCAAGUCUUCGCAAAUUACUGCAGGUUCAUCUACCGUUCUGAACGGGGCUCUAAUUAA